UCUCAUUUUAAUCCGGAGCUAUCCAAUCCGGGUCAACUUCAACAAUCACACAAAUUUCAACGUGAUCAUGGCGGCUCGUCGUCUGCUGUGCAAAUGUAUUCCCAAUUUCAACCAAACCGCGCUGUUAAUUCGACAUGAGGCGAAGCACCCGACGAGCGCCAUUCGUAGGGUGCACAGGUCGUCCAGGGGAGGCAGCGAACACUUGGAAGAGACAGCACCCUCGCCCAAUUCGCUGCUCGAAAAGUACCUCAGUGCAAAACAGGCAUGCGAGGCCCUGCCCACUCCCGAGGUCAACCCAUUCGGUGUGUUUGCAAACAAUGAGUUGGACAUUUCCCAGAUCGAAGUUUAUGGUUUCGACUACGACUACACACUGGCUGUGUACACCGAGGCCCUUCAUUACCUGAUCUAUGACCUUGGAAGGGACUGGCUCAUCAACAAGUUCAAGUAUCCCAAGGAAAUCGCUCAGUUGGAGUACAGGCCAGGGUUUGCAAUUCGAGGGUUGCAGUACGACAUGAAGAAGGGUGUUCUGAUGAAGAUGGACCUGUUUCACCAAAUUCAAUUCUGCAGUGUUUACAGGGGUCUGACACCACUCACCAGCGAGGAAACAAUCAAAAUCUAUGGCGGCUCCUACAUCCCCCAGUACAUGAUCCGUGGAAGCUCCGAAUCGGGUGCCAGGAUGAAGCAGUUGAACGACCUGUUCUCUGUUCCCGAGAUCUGCCUGCUGUCCAACGUGACGGAGUACUUUGAGCGACACAACAUCGCCUACAACCCGGAGAUAUUGUUCUUCGACAUUCAGAAUGCCAUCUCAAGCAUUCACCCAGUGAUUCACAGCACUCUGACUGAAUCAAACAUCAGCGAGUACCUCGAGAAGCCUGCAGAGCUGAUGACAUUCCUGGAGAGGCUAAAAAAUGCCAAAAAACAGAUGUUCUUGGUCACCAACAGCCCUUUCAAAUUCGUCGACGUGGGCAUGCGGUACAUGAUCGGCGCCGAUUGGCAGGAUCUUUUUGACGUUGUCAUUGUUCAAGCCAGGAAGCCAAAGUUUUUCACUGACCAGCACAGGCCGUUUCGCAUCUACGACCCCGAGACAAAAAGUCAGCUCUGGGAGCGUGUCACCAAGCUCGAGAAAAACAAGGUCUACAUCGAGGGGACUGUCACUCAGCUGCAAGCCAUGACAGGCUGGUGUGGGAACCACGUCCUAUACUUUGGGGACCAAAUCUACAGCGACCUUGCCGACCUGACCCUCAACUACGGAUGGAGGACGGGAGCUAUCAUUUGGGAACUGGCGCAUGAAAUCAAGAUACUCAACUCAGAGGAGUUUCGCCACACUGUCAGUUGGCUUCAGUCUCUGCAGCACCUCAUUGAGGAGAUGCAGGAUCACGAUGACAUUGAAGAUUUCAUUGAACAACUGCUGCAAGAACGGGAUCAGCUUAGGAAGACCACCAAGUCCCUGUUCAACGCCAACUUCGGCAGCAUCUUUCGCACCCACCACAACCCGACCUACUUUUCGCGGCGCCUGUUCCGCUACUCCGACAUCUACAUGUCUCACGUGACCAACCUCCUCAACUACUCGCUCAGGCACACCUUCUACCCACGCAGGGGAGCACUUCCCCAUGAGUGCCACACUCCGCACAGCUAGGAGCGCCAUCCGAAGGACGACGGGGGUCGCGUGGUGCCGUGCCGCACGACCACAGGGAGACGUCGUUCCCCGUACGGCCUCUUGCUUGGAAAAAUCUCGCAACGGAAUCGAAGGAGAGGAAUUGGGCUGCAGGUAGAGUCGUUGGAAAGCCGCGCCAUCGCGACUGUCAUUCGUCCACUUACGUCGUUUGACGUUUGUUUACGUGCCGCCAUUUUGGUGCUCAGAGGAGCACACGGUGUUUUCGGGUCGUUGCCGCACUGUUUUGCCUUUAUUGUGAACUGAUUUAGUAAGUAAGGCGACAAAAAGCGCAUCUUCCAUUAGGCACGUUGGCGAAACCUGGCGAUAAAUAGCAACACCGGUUCUGCACACCAAUGUGGCCGGAGUGUCGUUGCUUUAAGGUGCAGCUUAUGUAGUGACUAGUUGCAGGGUGUAGUCAACUGAAGGAGAACCGACAUCCAAACUAAAAUUUCGUCCCGUUACAAUUACCAGAAGUAAAGAUCCUAGGCUUCAAGGAUAGGCCAUCAAAAAAGGCAGUAUGCGGUUAGUCUGUCGAUUGACUGUGUAAUGGUACGAGGCAAAGGGCGAAGUCACACGAUUGUCAGACGGUGAAGCUAAGAAUGGUUUGUAAGGAGGAGCUUCUUUUUUUUUAGAAGUUUGGGGAAGGGGGCGGGGAUUUUCUUUAGGUAAGAUUUGUCACUACCUAGACUUCCGAAGUCUUAUUGCAAGUAAGUCAAAGUUCAAUAAUUCAUACAAGUAUUCCUAUUAGUGGUGAAUAUCACUCCCACCGAGUGCUUAGCAUGUAGGCAGUCUUAUUUAUUUGGGACUCCAAUCAUACUUCCAGAGAUGAAGGAAAGGAAUCCGUAUAGUGAUUCUUAAUUGAGCACCAGCAAAAGAUUUGAUGUUACUUGUUCAGUCUUCAUUCAGCAGACGUAUGUGUUUGUUGUAGAGAUGCGGUAUUUGUAGUGCAUCCAGACUGUCGCAGGUGUAACCGUCUUUGUGAGAAGAAAUGCUAAAGGGCUUUCAAUUUAGAAUAGCAAGAAACAUGCUUGGCAGUGCUGAUGCGCAGUGCCAUAAUAGACUAUUGCUGCAUAAUAUGUGAUACAUUGCAGUAGAUUUUGUUGAAGUGUGAGCUAGCUUGGUAUUGUGGGUGAUGUGCAAGCGUAACUUGUAAACAAUACUGUUGAAAAAAAAGCUGGCAUAAUAAAUUUUUGUCAGAUACUGGA